AUGCAUCGCCCAUCCAUUUCGUACAUCUACCAUAUGCGGACUUGCCGCAAAAUCUCCAAGUUUGGGUCCCCCUUUAUUCCUUUCGUCAUUCGACCUUACCGAACUGCCUUAGGCUCUUUCCCGGGGAUCUUGCUUUUCCGCUCAGUAUACAUCUCCGUUUCUGCCCAACAAGCUACCGCCAAUCAAUUGUACAGUCAGUUCUGUCCUUUCUCUUAUCUGCAACCCAGUUCACCACGCGACUCACUUCAACACGUUAACAUCUAUGGAGGAAACCAUAUCACCCGUCAACUACUUUCCCAAUACCCAACCCUGUUUAACCAUAUCAUCCUCCAGAAGCAACGCUCCAGCACUGAAAUCGUGGCUCCUCGGCUGGGAAUCCAUGCCUUAAUGAUAGAUUCACCGAGUUCUCAACACUUUGGACAGCUGAAUUGGUGA